ACAGUGAGGAAUGAACAGCCUAGGAGACUCUUUAGAUGUGCUCUUCAACACUUCUCUCGAAAGUUCGGAGCAAUGUGGCAAAGAGACCCAUAUGGAGAACAUCCUUUUUGCUACUUUCUAUCUUCUGGAUUUCAUUCUAGCCUUUGUUGGCAAUGCUCUGGCUCUCUGGCUUUUUAUCCGGGACCAGAAGUCAGACACCCCCGCCAACAUUUUCCUGAUGCAUCUUGCUGUAGCCGACCUGUCUUUUGUGCUGGUCUUACCAACUCGGUUGGUAUAUCACUUUUCAGGCAAUCACUGGCCUUUUGGAGAGAUCCCAUGCCGACUCACAGGCUUCCUUUUCUACCUCAACAUGUAUGCCAGCAUCUACUUCCUUAUGUGCAUCAGUGUAGAUCGUUUCCUAGCUAUUGUGCACCCCGUAAAAUCUAUCAAACUCCGCAGGUCGCUCUAUGCCCAUUUGGCCUGUGCCUUCCUGUGGGUUAUAGUAGCUGUGGCAAUGGCACCUCUUUUGGUCAGCGUGCAGACUGCUGAGCUGAAUAAUACUACUGUCUGCCUGCAGCUCUACAGAGAAAAGGCAUCACGCCAUGCUCUUGUAUCGCUAGCUGUAGCAUUUACACUCCCCUUUUUUACCACAGUUACUUGCUACUUAUUGAUUAUACGCAGCCUGAAGAGUGGGAAUAGAGUUGAGAAACAUCUCAAGGAAAAAGCCAUCAAAAUGAUCAUCAUGGUUCUAAUGAUCUUCCUGAUCUGCUUUGUGCCCUACCAUAUAAACCGCUACAUUUAUAUCCUUAAUUAUGAUGGUGUGAAGACUUCCUGUGAAAUGCAACGGAUCCUGGCACUUGGGAAUCGCAUUACAUCCUGCCUCACCAGCCUAAAUGGUGCCCUAGAUCCAGUAAUGUAUUUCUUUGUAGCAGAAAAGUUCCGAGAAGCUUUAUGUAGUUUAUUUUGCAGCAAAAAAACUGCAAGGCUACCUUCAAGUUGUGAUGGAAAAACAAAUGACAGCUCCUUAAGUGCUAAAUCUGAACUGUAA